AUGGUAUCCAUUGAAGUCAAGUCACGCUCAAAGUCCAUCAAGGACUUAUCCACAGAUGACCUCACGGUUGAGUCCAAGGUCUCAGAGUUGAUCCAAUUGGUCAGCAUGUCCAACAAUGGAAAGUCCCAGUACAGAAUCAGAUUGAACAAGGUUGAAGGCGACAAGAAGAUUGCUUUGGAUGCCGACAAGACGUUUGUUGAGAACGGGUUCCCCAAGACCGCGUCUUCAAUUAACCUCCAAGUCAAGGAUUUGGGUCCUCAAAUCGCCUGGAGAACCGUUUACAUCGUGGAAUACCUCGGACCCUUGAUUUUGGUGCCAUUGGUCUACCUGUUGUCCAUCAACUGUGGGUUGAAGCCUACCCAGAGUCAGAGGUUUGCUGUGGUCUUGUCCACCUUGCAUUACCUCAAGAGAGAGUACGAAACCGUGUUCGUGCACAAGUUCUCUUCCGCAACCAUGCCUGCAACCUUCAUCAUCAGAAAUUCUGCCCACUACUGGAUCUUGUCUGGUCUCUUGAUCUCCUUGUUCUCGUUGGCCCCACCUUUCGUGGUCCAGGCCGCUAGCAAGUAUCCCUUGGGUUCGUACAUCUUCCACGCCAACGACUUGCCUUGCACCGUCAACUGGGCCUUGGCUGGAUUGUGGGCAUUCUUUGAGUUGUCCAACUACAAGGCUCACGCCAACUUGGCCAACUUGAGAGCUAAGGACUCUAAGAAGUACGCCAUUCCCUACGGCUACGGGUUCAACCUCGUCUCGUGCCCCAACUACUUGUUCGAGAUUUUGGGCUGGUCCGUGUUCACGGUGUUGAUUGGCAACUGGUCUUCGUUGGUGUUCACCAUUGUGGGAGGUGCCACUAUGACCACCUGGGCCAUCAAGAGACACAAGAGAUACUUGAAGACCUUCGGUGACGAGUACAAGAAGUUGAGAAGAAACGUCAUUUUCCCAGGUAUCCUUUAG